GACAACAACGCCUGUGAUACAAACCUAGUCGAACUGUCCUUAUUAAGUGACACCGCAAAAAUGACAAGUAAAUAAGUGCUGCCUACCCCUCGAUUUUUCCCAGCUUGUGAAUUGUUUUGAUUUUGGAUUUCUCUCCAGUGUUAUUUUCUAAUGUGGCUAUAUAAACGCUGUAAGUACGCGCUUCGGGUUUUAAAAUAACUGUUAACCUACAAGAUACUUAAAGCGGUACAAAUAUAAAAGAUGGAGCAGUUUGAGUCGUUGCUUACGUGCUGCGUAUGCUUGGAUCGAUUUAGGAAUCCAAAGCUGCUACCAUGCCAGCACAGCUUCUGCAUGGAGCCGUGCAUGGACGGCUUGGUCGACUAUGUACGGCGGCAGGUUAAGUGUCCGGAAUGUCGUGCCGAGCACCGAAUUCCUUAUCAGGGGGUGCAGGGCUUCCCUACAAAUGUCACGCUUCAAAGGUUCUUAGAACUUCAUGCUAAUAUAGCUGGGGAACUUCCCGAUCCCACGGCGGGGCAAGUUAUGGAAAGGUGCAAUGUAUGCUCAGAAAAAGCUUAUUGUGCACCAUGCGCCCAUUGCGACAAAAAAGUUUGUGAAGACUGCAAAUCUGCUCAUAUGGAAGUUCUUCGGAGAGAAAUCGCGCGUAUUAAUAAUCAAAUUCGUCGCGGUGUUAAUAGAAUUCAAGAUAUAUUAGCUAUAGUAGAACGAAAUACGGCAAACCUCACAACAAAUUGUGGUGCAGUUGCUGGAGAAGUUGAUGAAAUACACAAGAGACUUUCAAAGGCUCUGAAAGAUCGAACUGACUUUUUACGUAAUGAAGUAGAUCGCUACCUAGCUACAGAACUUAGAAAUUUAACUCACCUUAAGGACAAUUUAGAAUUAGAGUUAAGUAAUAUUCAAAGCAAUAGUGAUCUAGCUGAUAAAUAUAUGAAUGAUGAUGUUGAAUGGGAGGACACGGAACUAGUUGAUACGAAAGAAAUCUUCCUAAAGACAGUAGAGUUCCUUAGAAACUUUGAUUAUGAAGCCGGUGAUUAUAAUCGUAGAAUAAGAUUUAUAAUGACUCACGACCCAAACCAACUGGUCAUGCAUGUGGCUAGUUACGGUGAGUUAAAUAUCACUCAACCGAAUGCGUAUUCUGCUGGUCUACAGCAAAGUCAAGGUCUAACAAGAUCAAAAAGUGAUCAUCGAUUAGCGACGCAAUUUCGCCAACAAGAGGAAGCAAAGGGAUGGGUGGAAAAUGAGGAACCCAUUUUAGGAGGUCGUAAGUUUGGAGAACGUCGUCCGCCUCCACCAGAAAAACACACUAGAGACUAUGCUACAGAUGAUUAUAGUGGUUAUGAAUCCGAGCAUAGACCCUCCCGUAGGUUCCGCUCGCGUUUUGUAAGGAGCCAUCAACAGGACAACGACUCUGACACUGAAGCUACAACCCGGGCUACAAAAACCGAGCAGAAGGAAAAGGAAAAAGAGAAAGUCACUGAUACUGAAGAUGCUACACGUGGUCCCCUUAGUGGAAUAUUUAGACUAAGCGAUUGUCCGCGGGUAAUGCAAAGAAUUUUGGACGUAGAGAGUGGUAAAAAAAAGGAGAAGAAGGAACCACCUCCCCCACCGAAGCCAGUCCAACCAACGCCUCAACCUCAACGACGCCCCCCACCUCCAGCAAGGCAACAAAGUGAAGAUGAUGAAAUCACGCGCCUUAAACGACAGAAUAAAGGAGCAGCUUCUUCUCAAGAACCUGACCGCACACCCGCGCGACCAGUAGAGGAAGAACGAACCACAACAAGUCGUAAACCACCGACACCAGCUCGUGAGGCCUCCAGUGAUGCUGAAUCUGAUGAUGAAUCUGUUGGGUCUCUGCAAAGAAAUCAGCGAAAGAAUACCGCACCUGCACCUAAGACAACCGCCACGAGAAGGCCAUCUGCGUCUGAUACACCUACUGCACACCGGCCGGCUGCCCGUGCAGCAAGCACCGAAUCUAGCGCCUCUACAGAGAGUUCCGGCUCGGCGGUAAAACACACAGGUGCGAUUCUAAGUAUCGCAGAAUUGAAAGCAAAAUACAGCACUGAUGAAGCGAAACCAAAACCGAGAUCUCGUUUUUUGUCCGCAGGCAAUGAACGAUCAACACCAGCGACAACGAAUGGAACCGCCGGCGGCGCACAACGGGUGCAAAGUCGGUUUGUUGGGUCACAGCGACCAACGCCCGCCCCAGCGCCCGCCGAGCCGGCGCACGAGGACUCCGAUACCAGUUCUGAGGAAGAGACUGACUCUUCUGAGGAGAGUGAGGAAGAGCCUGUGACGCAAAGGAAGCCCGAAAGUCAGACGAUGGCGCGAACCGACAUUGGCCCUCUUCUAGCAAGAAGUAGCAAUGCUCGAAGUGACGCACAAGAUAACAAAACCAAAGAUGCGCCUGCCCAAUCGCGAUACAGAACUCGCCCGCCACCUCAACCCGAAGAAGAACCUGCUCCUCGAUACAGUGCUGGUGGAUCUUCAUACAACAGUCGCUAUGGUAGCAAACCAAAAGAUGAAGAGUUAACAUCAUCAUUAGAUGACGAUACGAAAUAUCCAACCGCCCGAUCGAGGUAUCUCGCCUUGAAAGAGCGACGUAAUCGCCUUGCACGCAGCAAGAGUAGCCACACGGGUUUUGGUGGAGGUGACGACGAUGACGAUGAGCCUGUUUCCCCUACGACCGCUUCACCUUCAGCAUAUCUUGCGGCUCGAUACGGCUCCGGCACCGGUGGUACGGAGUUGUCUCGCAGCCGAUCAUCCCACGCGCUAAAAUCAAGAGAGAGCUCUCCCGAACGCCCAGUGACUGGCGAGAAGGACGGAGCGGCCUUGAGUUCCUGGGCGAGGUACUUGAAGAGCAAGUACGGCUCGCGAGGGAAAGAGCGCGAUCCGAGUAGUACAUCUUCAAGUACAGCCCGUCGCCUGUCUCUCGGGCUGCCUUUGCGCUCAGCUAACGAGCUUGCCAGUUCUGAUGACGAUUCAAAAAACGCGGCAGGCUCCCCCAUCUCCCCUACGGCGGCUACAGCAGCGGUAGCAGGUUUCGCAGCAGCAGGUUCCUCCCCUAGGAGCCAGUAUCUGCAGAAACGCCGUUUACAAUUCAGUGUGGGGAGUCGGGGGAGCGAACCAGGUUGUUUUACAUGGCCUCGUGGUAUCGCUGUAGGGCCCGACAAUAUAAUGGUCGUGGCUGAUUCAUCCAACCAUAGAGUACAAGUGUUCGAUUCCAACGGCAUAUUCGUAAAGGAGUUUGGACAGUACGGCAGUGGCGAGGGAGAGUUUGACUGUCUCGCCGGCGUUGCGGUGAACCGCAUCGGACAGUACAUCAUCGCUGAUCGAUACAACCAUCGGAUACAAGUGUUUGACCCCGCCGGUCGGUUCCUUAGGGCGUUCGGCAGUCAAGGCACAGGUGAUGGCAAAUUCAACUACCCUUGGGGCAUAACCACAGACGCCCUCGGAUUCAUAUACGUGUGUGACAAGGAAAACCAUAGAGUUCAGGUAUUCCAAUCUGAUGGUACGUUUGUGGGUAAAUUUGGCAGCUUUGGCUCCAAACUGGGCCAGUUGGAGCAUCCUCACUACAUAGCCGUGUCUAGUACCAACCGUGUAUUGGUUUCCGACUCCAACAACCACAGGAUUCAGGUCUUUGACGUGAAUGGAAGGGUGCUGUCCUCGUUUGGAGAGGAAGGGUCUGAAGAUGGACAGUUCAAGUUCCCAAGGGGUGUAGCAGUAGAUGACCAAGGCUACAUCGUGGUAGCAGAUUCCGGAAACAACAGGAUCCAGAUCUUCCAUCCUGAUGGGACCUUCCUAAGAGCCUUCGGUUCUUGGGGCUCCGGGGAUGGAGAAUUUAAGGGUCUGGAAGGCAUCGCUGUUAUGUCUGGUGGUAACAUCAUCGUAUGCGAUCGAGAGAACCACAGAGUGCAAGUGUUUUAAAGAUUUCCUGUAUUCAACGAACGUGAGCCAUAAUAAUUAUAAAUUAAUACAAUAAUAUUUUAUACGAUAAUGAGUUUGUAAAUAAUUGAUUAUCAUUUAAUUUCAAAGGAUCAGGGCUGGUUUAUUUUAUCAUGUCAAGAAAGAUAAAUCUUUUUUCAUAUUUAUAGCUGAAAGUUUGGACACGUUUAUUUACAAACCACCCUAGUACCUACAUGAAUCAAUAAACACUCUUUUGUUGAACAAAACACAGAAAGCAAAAAUAAAAUAAACUAAUUUUGCAAAUACAUAAGAAAGAUAAGAAUGGAGGUACAAUUUGGCGGCCUUAUAGCGAUCUCUCCCAGGCAACAGGUACCAUAUAUAGAUACACUAAAACAUAUAAAUACAAUACUAAAAAUACAUAUAUAAAUCCAUACAUAAUAUCCUCAAAACAUAACAGGAUAAACAUCAGAAAACGAACAAUACUGGUACCCUAACGAUGCUUGACAAAAGGAGACACCAUGUUGAGCCAUCGUGACCAACUUGUCCAAGACUGCUAGAUUCUCGUCUCAAGUCUUCCUACGCCAAAAGGCCUUGGCCCAAACCUAUGCUAAACUUGCGGAGACCGAAUUAUAAAUAAGAAUGCAGAAAUUUAAAUAAGCUGUUCGCUCUCAAAUCUUAACGUGUUUAUCUUUAGUUAUUUUGUUCGCAUUCAUUUCCUAUCACACAACUCCAUAGCUUAUUCCAUUAUUGUUGAAAUCAACACGAUGAAAAAGUUUCAAAUGCCGUUUUAAAUUCAAAAUAAAAGUUGAAACGCACGAAAAUUCGCUUAAUACAAAUUUUCAUGCAUUGUAAACUUUUAAGCUGAAAAUAAAUUUGAAUUUAUUCGUCGAAUCGAGUUACUGAUAGUAUUUUAUUUGAGCUCUAUGUGUACCAUUUAAACUAUUCAAUUUUUAAAUUAACAUACAUUCUGCGAUAUUUUUAAAUCACGUACAAGCGUAUCGUUUUUAUCGAGUUAUAUUAUUACCUACUAUCAAUGCAACACUUUACUAAAAAAUACCGUUUCUUUGUUUGAACCUAAUGCCACAGAAAUACCUACUGUAAGCUUAUAGUUUAUCAGAGCCAGGUUAACAGGCAAAGUGUUUUUUUCGCACCGUGUAUUAAGUUUUAGGGAAAACGAUCUGCGCCCGUAAGUCUGCUAUAACAAUUAUUGUUUCUUAAUAGUCGAUCAAUAACAUCGUAGUACUGCAUAUAAAAAUGGCAAAAGAGGUUUGUUUGCAACAAGGUUCUACAUUCUUUGAAAGGCACUAACGAUACAGGCUUUCCUCGUGUACCAACUAAAAAAUUGCUUAGUGUAAAGUAAUGUCUCUUAUUUUUUUUAUUAGUAUUUUAUUGCAAUUGUGUCUAAUAGACUCCGCUAUUACAAUAUUUUUAACGACAGUACAAACGCUACCAUCUGGUCCCAAAGUAAGCGUAGCUUGAGUCCGCUAUCUGCGCCAAUCAUCCGUCAAAAUAAUUAAUUAUAAUAGCAGGCUUAUGCCCCAGAUCGUUUUUUAUAUGCGAUUUACAAUCAUUAUUAUUUAUAAAGAAGUAUCUUGAAACAAAUGAAGCAAUAUAUCACAUAUAUGACAUAAAAUUUCCGAAGCUCUGUCUGUCCCUAGAAAUAAAUAAUAUAAUUCUCACCAUUACUUACUACUAGUAUAAUUAUAUCGUUCUAGUCAGAUAAAAUCAAAUAGUAGAUAAUAAAAAUAAUGUAACCAAAAAGUUUUGCCAAAAAUCUGUAUUUAUAUCGCAAAAAUUACACCAAAAAUGUAAAAAAAAAAUAAGCCACGUAUUCAUCAGCAUACAUUUUGUUUCUGAAACAUUCACAGAUGUGUUCUCUACAAUUUAAUUACUUGUUUUUAAAUUUUUAUUUCAAUGUUCUUGCCACUUUUGAACAAUCCACUUGAUGUAUUUCUAAUAAGUUUUUUAAACUCGCUUCUCAAACAUAUUUUAUUUUAAAUACUAGAAAUAUAAAUUUAUCUCAAAUUGCGAGCAAACUAGGCUCAAACCUUGCAUUUCUAUAGGUAGAGUCAAAGCCGGAAUAAAUCAUUAUAGAAUAAUUCGUCUGAGGCAUUUCGACUGCGACAUCUAUGGAUGAGAUCGAUCCGAGAGAGAGGAGUCCCGUCCGUUAUGGCAAAACAUUUCUAUAAUGUAUCUACGUU